UCAUAUAGGUAUGACUUGGUUGCAGUUUCACUUUGGAACAUGUACCACUACAUGGGAUUGUUGCGACACAACAAUAGGUGGUACGAAUUUGAUGGUCUUAAGAAACCUCAAAUAAAAAAAAAGUGAUGGUGGAUUUGAAACACUUUACAGACCUUCACACUGUUUAUUUGGUAUGUAAACAUGUCAUAUCAUAACAUCGACAUUACUUGUACUAAAUUUUGCACAACUGGACAGAAUUUUUCGUGAUGAAUAAGAUAUUUUUUAGUGCUCAAGGAAGACUCACAAAGCAAUGAAAUAAUACAAGACAAAGCCCACAGUGCAGAAGGAAACUUGCAAUCCUUGGUUGAUGAUUCUGAAAACCAAGAGAUUGAAGGGGUAUCCACGACCAUUCGUACCAAGCAAGCACAAAAAUACACCCCAGGUAUAACCAUGGACAGCCUUCUUGCUUCAAAAACUCCAGAAAACAAACAAGAAGAAACAAAAAUUACUGCAGACAUCAAAAGCCUUGAGGAAAUCCUCAAUGAUAGCGAUGACUCGCUUUUCUGCGUUGAUAAUUGCACCGACAGUUGUGAUAAGGAAAAAUUGGACAAAAAGAAAAAAAAGAGACAAGGUGAACUUGCCUAAUAUUUAUCCAAUUUCAAAUUAGCCUAGAUAUCAAGAUAUCAAACUUUGUUAAUUGCACUGAAAGGCAGCCAGGUAGCUAAUUUUGAAGAUUCAAAUAUUCACAUACAUUAUCAUUUCUAUUAUUUUAAGGGCCAUUGCAAGCAUAUGUCCAAAUGGAUGCCUACAAUAGGUGCAAGAUGUUACUGUCUUGGUUUGUUAAGCGUGAAGACGCAGAGCUCAUUACGAGCGAGAGUUUGGACGUAGAAGUAGGUAUGCUGCCUAAAUCUAUUAAAGCAUUACCUGACUCUGUACGCGACGACCUUGUCCAUGUUGAUAUUUUAAAACAAUAUGCAUACAAAGGAUUUAUCGAACAUCUCAAGAAAUUGAUACAAAAGAAAAAGAGAACAUCAAGUUGGACGUGUGGCACAUGCAAGAAGAGUAUAGGGGCUCCCAAACGAAGCAUAGCAUGUGACAGAUGUCUCACAUGGAGUCAUUUUUGUUGUACCGAUCUGAAGAGAAAACCAAGUGUUAAUUGGUUUUGUAAGAACUGUAUUGAAAAAGUAACUGUGAUAAUUGAUUCUGAUGAAGAGGAGAACCCACUGGAGCCGCAAUGGAGGGCGUUUUUAACCCGAUGCCUUGAAAACGGUAUAUUGAAGAAAUACAUAGAGAAAUCUCUAGACCCACAUUGUAAUCCGUUGCUUAACCAGAAAUCAGGAGGUGUUUUUCAAGUUGCGGCUAAUUUUGAGGGAUUGAAAAGAACAGAGCCAGAAUUCUAUAUGCAGAUUACAAAAUAUUUAGCAGGAACUACAAACUCAAAAUGGUCAGAUAUAGUACGUGAAUAUUUAUUGCAAGUUUAUGCAGGUGAAUUGCCAUUUGGACGUGCAUAUGCUGACAUGCUGCAAUACAUUGAAGUUAAACUUUUUUCAUUGCUUUGUUAGAAUAUAUUCUGGCUGAUAUUGUGAAUAUAUACAGCACGUUUUAUGUUCGGUUUAGACAUAGAUUUUUUCAAUAUGCUAAGGCUGAAUCUAGCUUGGCUACCCCAGACCUUUGUUUAUAUUCAUAUUAUGUUCUUUAACAUGGUUUUAUCAUUUAUCAAAAAGGUGAAGCAGAGAAAAUUAUCGUACUAUACACUCAUUUUAUAAGAAAACAUUUUAUCAGAACAACGAAGAAUUAACAUAAAAUAACGAGUGUGAAACCCUUUGUUAGUUCAUAUUUUUAUUGUAAAUACUGCUUUAUAUCGAGAAGAAAUGUAUCUUUGACUAAUGUUUCAUGCUAGCUACAUUAC